AUGAACGCAUCUGCGCUUCCCGCCGAGCUCUUCCACCACAUCGCCUACUCGACGCGGUCCGCCGUGCUCUCCGCUGCUGACGUUGUGGCCUGGGCGCGGACCUCGCGCCGCGCACACCGCUGCCUCUUGGGCGACGAGUUUUCAAGGAACAAAGCCCGCGCGCUCUGCGGUCCGGCUUGGUGCGCCGUGCGUCGGUUCUGGCGCGCCGCGCAGAUGGCCGUUCCACCCGCCGAUGUCGUCGAGGCUGCCCGUGCCCUCGCCCUCGCCCUCGCCGCGCCGCCAUCGGCCGUCGCCUCCCACUCCGUCUGGGGCCAGCUAGUGGCCCAGCUCUUGGCGCGCUCGGAUGUCGUCGCCGCUCGUGUGCCCGGCCUCGAUCCGCCGCUCGUCGCCGCAGCCCGCGCCGAUCACCAGCGCAUCGUCGCUGCCCUCCUCGCCCACGCCGACGUCGAUCCCAUGGAGGGCGAGAACGCAGCAGUCCGGGCGGCUUCCAGUGCCAAUGCCGUCGCCUCACUCGCCCUGCUCCUUGCCGACCGGCGAGUUGACCCGAGCGACGCCGACAACGCUGCGGUUGUCGCCGCUGCCGCCGCGGAUGCUGUCGACGCCCUCGCCCUCCUUCUCGCCCACGAGGCUGUCGAUCCGGCCACCGGCGACAAUGCGCCGGUGCUGGCUGCCGCCACUGCCGGCCAUGCCCGCGCGCUUGCCCUCCUCCUCACCCACGCCGCCAUUGUACCGGGCGCGCCUUCCCUCGACGCCGCUGUCGACGCCGGCCAGCACGCCUGCGUCUCCCUCCUCCUCAACCACCCGGCCAUCCAGCCGGCCGCCGGCAACAACCGCGCACUCCGCAUCGCCCUCUCUCACUCCGACACUGCCAUCGUCUGCCUUCUCCUCGCCCACCCCGAUGUCGUCGUCGCCGGCCCACCUGAGCAGCUCCCCGACGACUCGCCACUCUUUAUCCCAGCACCUCAUCCCGAUGAUAUGACGACGACCAUGCCAGCGACCACGAGCUGGAGCCGCUCACUGUCCAUCAUGUCCCACACCACGUCGAGCGCUGACUAUGCCACUCUCUGCCAUGAGGCCAACGAGUACGCGGACAUCAUGACCGAGAUCACAGAGCUAGCAGCGGCUGUGGCCGUCGGCGCUCCAGCCGACCGCGUGAUCGCUCUCCUCGCGCAGGUGGUUGAUCGUGGAGGUGCUGGCACCUGCAACCGGCUGCGAGUGCAGCUCAGCUCUACAGGCUGUGCCGAGGCUGUUGCUUGGACCACAGCAUCGUGCGCCAACCUCGCCGCCGAAGUCGAGGACAUGCGUGCCCGCGAGCGCGACUUCUGCGAGGAGAUCCACCGCCUCCGCACCGAGUUGGCCGAGGCCGAGGCGAUGCAGAACGACUGCAUCAACUGUGGCAUCUUGCAGACCGAGAUCGAUCAGCUCGAGUCGAAGCUUGUCGAGCAGCAGCAGAUCCUCCGUGCCACCCUUGCCGACCGCACGUAAAUCACCCUUGUUUUCCAAA